GCGGCGCAGGCCGCUGGAUAAAGCGGAGGAGGAGACGGCGGUCCGGGUGGAUUGAGCUCAGGAUCUCAGGACGGGAACAUGUGAGCAGGGAAUGGGCGACUGGAAACAGGAUUAUUGUUCUACACAGCAGAGACACGCAGGAGGGGCCCGGGACAGGAGAGACACGGGCACACUGUGACAAAUCCGAGGAGUUUUUUUUUUUUCCUUUUUAAUUUUUGCGCAUCAGAGAAAUCGGGGGAAUAUCUGGCCAAAGAUGAACACCAUUGUGUUUAACAAACUGAGCAGCCAGGUCCUGUUUGAGGAGAAGGCGAAAGAGGUGGAAAUGAGCAGCAGAAAUUAUCUAGAAGUCAUCGACGGGCAACAUGCAGACCUCCUCUCCAGCAACCAGAGCAUCAGAGACAACCAGGCCAUCAGACACAGGCGGAGCGGGGGUCGGCCCAGCGGCGGUAAAGUGCGGCACAAACGCCAGGCCCUGCAGGACAUGGCGAGACCGCUCAAGCAGUGGCUCUACAAGCACCGAGACAACCCCUACCCCACCAAGACGGAGAAGAUCCUGCUGGCCCUCGGCUCGCAAAUGACCCUGGUCCAGGUCUCCAACUGGUUUGCUAAUGCCAGGAGGCGACUGAAGAACACGGUGCGGCAGCCAGACCUGAGCUGGGCGCUCAGGAUCAAGCUCUACAACAAAUAUGUCCAGGGCAACGCGGAGAGGCUGAGCGUCAGCAGCGAGGACAGCUGCUCAGACGACGGGGACAACCCUCAGAGGACGCAGAGCGGCCCCGAGGAGCUCAACAAGCCCAUGUACCAGAGCGUGAUCAAGAAGGAGGGCUCCUCCAUGGUGGGCAUGGGCAUGGGCAUGGCCAUGGGUAUGGGAGCGGGACUGCGCUCGGCUGCCUCCCUUGCCGAGGACUAUGUGUCUCCGCCCAAGUACAAGAGCAGCCUGCUGCACCGCUACCUGAACGACUCACUUCGCCACGUCAUGGUCGCCAACGCCGUCAUGGACGCUCGCAAGAGGAACCACUCCGGCUCCUUCAGCUCCAACGAGUACGAUGACGAGCUGCUCUCGCCGUCCUCCUCUGAGGCUGAGGCGAACUUUGUUUAUCGGGCUGAAACCACAGACCAUGGAUCAAGUAAAUGUGACAACGGCAGCGGUGGCGUCGGAAGUGCGCAAAAGGAGAGGGUGAAGGGCAAAGACGAGACAUACUGGAGAGAGAUCAACGCCGCUAUGGCCUUGACCAACUUGGCGCAAGGGAAGGACAGCACCUCCGGGACCACCAGCUGCAUCAUCCAGAAGUCCUCCCACAUAGCAGAGAUCAAGACUGUCAAAGUGCCUCUAAUGCAGAAAUAUUAGCCCUGACGUCGUUCUCCCAUCUCUUUAUGCAAACCAGCAAACAUUCCUGUUUCAGCAAAACUCGCCAGAGUCCAAAUAAACUCUGGCAGCAGUGGAAAGAGAAGAGGGUUGGGGGGGGGGAGGUUUGGUUGUUAUUGGUGUCUUAUAAAGUGCGAACGAGGCCAUGACCAUCAUUUUCUUUGCUGGGUUGACAGACAAAUGUCGGUGAGUUUCACUGCAGUAUUUCCUAAAACAAGACACUUUUGUAACGUUAACUUAUUUUUGGAUGAUUUUUUUUAUUUCAUUUUUUUUAUGCUACGAAAAUUUGUAUUUUGCCAAAAGUGCCUUUGUUGUUUAGACAAAUAAAGCCGACUUUGGUCAAUGCAAAGUGCGGAUACUGAGGUGCCUCUCACUCUUCGGGAUUUGUUUUGUGAAUGAAAUCCAUAACAGCCUGUGCCUUAAGGACUGAAUGAGCUCACCAUCUGAGGCACUGAUGAACUCAAAUAGCGCACACACACACACAAACAGACACACACACACACACACACUCCUUAGAAAACACCCAGCAGUAACUCCCUGAAGGUAUUGUGCUUAUUUUGGCUGGAGUCUUCAUUUUGACUGUUAACCAAACGCUGUUUUGUCUCAGUCAGCCUCUCGUUGCCGGCAGCUCAACAAUAACUGUUGGAUAUGUACAGUAGAUAAGCUGCCCCUAACAUGAGCAGCAGAUCUCCAAGCAGUCUCCGCCUUGUCCACAUGUCGGCCUUGGAUUUCAUUACCCAGCGAAGGAUUCCUUUCUUAUCGGGGCUGUUGGUUGCUGAAACGUGCCCAAACGCUCAGCUGUG